CUGAACACGCAGCACUCAGGGAGAUGGGAACAACGGCCACUGGCCGCAAAAGGCAUGGAUUUUUUUUGCCGCCGGGAAAUUCGAGGCAUUAUCAAGUGCAAAAAACUAAGCGGAGCACAUGCCUUUCAAGCAACUUUUUUCAAAUCAUCAUUAGUCGCAUCAUGCAGCCUUACAUUGUAUUAUAAAUCAAAACAUAUAGCCCAACGUUUUCAGAACAACUAAAGUUACAUUAAUAACUCUAAAUUAAGCAUAUACACUUAAGAGCAUAUACACUUUAAGAAGGCACACCUGUUAAUUGAAAUGCAUUCCAGGUGACUACCUCAUGAAGCUGGUUGAGAGAAUGCCAAGAGUGUGCAAAGCUGUCAUCAAGGCAAAGGGUGGCUAUUUGAAUACUACUCAAAUAUAAAAUAUAUUUUGAUUUGUUGAACACUUCUUUGGUUACUACAUGAUUCCAUAUGUGUUAUUUCAUAGUUUUGAUGUCUUCACUAUUAUUCUACAAUGUAGAAAAUAGUAAAAAUAAAGAAAAACCCUUGAAUGAGUAGGUGUUCUAAAACUUUUGACCGGUAGUGUAGUAGGACCUAUUUCUUUGUUAACCGCUCAACACAGAAUUGCUGCAUGUGCGCACUCCCUCAAAUCGUUUGGAGAAAAUAUCCUUUCUAUUUUAUUCAGCUUUGUUUAAUUGUGUUCUUCAUACUAUAAAAUGCCAUGGAGUUCUAACCAAAUCUUGUCUGCUAAAUUAACUAGUGUAGCCCACAGCCAUAUGGCAUAGCCAGAUCAGGACCUAACAUAAGGACAACUCAGAGUAUGCUAUUCUGUUCUUCUGAAAUAGACUACAUUUUCUUCAUAUCAUGUUUCUUUAGACCUGUCUAAAAUAAAUAGAUUUAUUGUGAAGGUAUAGGCUGUAUUACAUGGAUUUAUUAGACUUUUCUAAAUGUAUAUGUUCCAAAGGUCUGCAUCAGUGGCUUGUAGGCUAUGUGUGGAAGCCAGGAGAUGCUAAAUGUGUUUAUGUUAAUGAACAGUCAAUUACCGUGAGGCCAACAGUUAUUUGCUUGACAAUCACCGGCUGACGAAAUUGCGUGACCGCCACAGCCCUAGGGAUGACCUUAAUGUAUGUCAAGUAGAGACACUAUGGGCUCAAGUACAUCUGCCUCACCAGGCACCCAUAUUGAUAGGAUGUGUGUACAGACCUCUUAGCUCAAAGGUGUCUUAUCUGGAUGACAUAUGCACUGGGUUUGACCAUGCCACACAUAGCAACAGAGAUAUAUAUUUAUCUUGGGUGAUUUUAAUAUAAAUUGGAAGGAUCAGAAUAAUUCAAAUAUAACUAAAUGAUUGAGAUAUGCUGAGAGCUGUGGUUUGAAACAAAUGGUUAAUGACACUACUAGAUCAUCAACCAAGUUGUCACCGUUCAGACACAUGCAUUGAUCUGAUAUUCUGUAAUAUACCAUUGCAAUGCUUAAAGGCCAGAUCAAUGCCAGUGGGCUGGACAGACUAUAAUAUUGUGACCAUAACCAUGAACACCAUGGUUCCAAAGAAACCCCCAAGGAUUGUGGUCAAGAGAAAAUCUUUUAUUUUAUUUUUUAUCAUGAGCAAUUUCAAAAGGAUUUGGCUGCUGUACCCUGGGAGCUGAUUUAUCUAGAUGAUUUAAAUCAAGCUACAGAAUGUUUUAUUGAUUUGCUCACUUAAGUAAUGGACCAUCAUGCCCCAGUAAGAAAGUGUACAGUUGGGGCUCGUCCAAUAUGGCAAAAGUCUGAAAAGCCAAAUCUAAACUAGAAAUUGAUGAACAGAAUUAUAGAGCACUAUGUAAUUAUGCAGUUAAAUUAAAUCGUAAGAAGAAAACAUUAUUUUACGAAAAUGCUUUUAUUGAUUUGUAAAAAUGAUUUUUAAAAAGGUAUGGAAUACAGUUAAGGGCUUGGUACAUCUAUCUCAUCAUGCCCAUCUAGUGUGGAGGUUGACAUGAGAACAAUAACAAAACCAGCUGAUAUUUCCAAUCAUUUUGCAGAUUUUUUUUGCAAAGAAAACAAAUUUACUGAGAGAUAAUGUAAAGACCCAUUCUUCCAAACAAGCUAUUGUCCAAUGGAUUGAUGAUCAUAUUAUGAGUAAACAAACCUGCUCUUUUAGUCUACCAUUGGUGUCAGUAGAGGUGGUGUUAAACCUAUUGAAGUCAAUAUCCAAUGGUAAAUCUAUAGGUUAUGAUCUUAUGGACAAUUUUUUACUUCACUGUGCUGCUCCCCAGAUUGCAGCUCCACUGAAAUACAUACCACUGCAUUGGUUGACAUGACUGAACAGUGGCUCAAUGCUAUGGAUAAUGGCAGGUUUGUGGGUGUACUAUUUUUAGAUUUCAGCGCAGCAUUUGAUUUAGUGGAUCAUGAAAUAAUUGAAUUGGGUACAGUCAUAUCUAACUGACAGGAAACAGUCCACCUAUAUCAAUGGGUCGUUUUCUUCCCCUCAUGCUUUGGUGUGUAGAAUACCGCAGGGCAGCUGUCUUGGUCCACUUCUUAUUCAGUAUUCAGUUGGUACGAGACAGACAUUCAGUCAAUACUAGGAAUAGAUUGUCCACCAUCUGUGUUAUCCCGGCAGAAAAGAGAAAUGGGCAAAAUAACAUUUCGAUUCAGAGCAAUGAAGAAAUUGAAUAAUUUAUCUUUAAAUAUACUAAAUUGGAAGGUUGUGCAGGACUAUGGUAGAUGAAGGAACCAAUCUAUCUUUUCAGACUGUCAGAGUAUUUAUCUGGUCAAUAUAUCAGUGUAUUAUGUCUGUUGUUUGUAACAGUGUGUUAUAUGUGAACAUGUGAUUGUAUUAUAAAAUGUAUUUUAAUGUGUAAGGACUCUUGGAAGAUUAGUCCAAAUGAGGACUAAAAGAGAUCUUAUUAAAAUAAAAUAAAACACACACAUACACAUACAUACACUCACACACACCACAUGCACUCUCUCACACACACACACACCGUUUCUCCAUGUUUAUUAGUGUUGUGUUGUGUAGCUUGGAUCUACAGGUACACACACUCACUCUGUGUCUCUGUCUCAGAUUGUCAUUGUCCAGUUUGGAGGAAAGCCCUUCUCCUGCACGGCUCUGAGCAUCGACCAGUGGCUCUGGUGUGUCUUCAUCGGAGUGGGAGAGCUGCUCUGGGGACAGGUAAGAGACACAAACAAUCUCUGUGUGUGUGCGUGAGGCAGCUGGUACAGUAGGUGCCAGGGAACAGUUGCUACGCUGAGACGGGUUCUGGAACACAAAGCAGUUACUUUCCAUGGUUACCAUCACAACCGUCACCGUGGUAAUAAGCGCUGGCGCACAUGAAAGCAGCAUGGCCCAGAUUUGCCCACACCCCAGAGGACGAGAACCCAGCACAAUUUUCCCUCUGCGACUAUACACACACACACACAUGUUCAAAGACACUCACACACACUUCUCCAUCUGCAUGAACUCACACACACACACACGUUCAAAGACGCGCUUAUCACUUCGCACCUACACACUCACACACACAUAAACACAAAAUUCUACACUUGCCUACACACACACAUACUCAUACAUACAGAGAAAGAGAUCUCAUACUGUCUAUAGACAGGAGCCUGUACCCUCAAAGACAAGCUUCCCCACACAGACAGUUGUCUGAAUUCAACUAGGAGGCGGAGAGAGAGAUCGCUCUGUAAAACCAGGUAGAACAAGCUAGCUAGCGUCAGUCUCCCUGUAUCCACCUAUAAUAUUACAUCUAUGAUGAUGCCCUCCAGUGUGUGUGCGUAUGUGCGUGAACAUACAUUUUUGUGUUUGUCUGUGUGUGGGAGUCUUUGAAAGCAUAAUCAUUCAGAGGUGACUAAAUGAAUUUGAGUCAUCAUGACUUGUUACAUAAGUGUACCGUGUUUGAAAUGCAGACAAGAGAACAUAACACAGCACCACAUUACCUUAGUAUCUAUACCUCCACCCCAAGGAAUGAUACAGCAAGAACGUUUGACAUCCUUCUACUGACACUGCAGUUUGUUUUAGGCUGCAUCCCAAAUGGCACCCUAUUCCCUAUGUCAGGGAUCAUCAACUAGAUUAAACCGCGGGCUGAUUUUCUUCUUGAGCGGAUGGUCGGGGGGCCGGAAAAUAAUUUUAAAAAAUGUGUAGACUGCAAAUUAAGCGCAAGAAGCCCACACAGAUAUAUUGUUUGACUAAAACAUAAUAAUUUCAAAUUGCUAACAUUUGUAUAUGAUCAUGUAUCUCUCUAUUAUGCGUGGGAAUAAUUGGGAACAUAUUUCUUAAAUUAAAAUCACCUGGAGCUGAUUUCCUGGUAUUUUUACAGUCUUUUAUGUCCAACAAUAAAAAAAGUUUUAAAAAACUACCAAAUUUUAUUUAUUUAUUUUUGCUCAUAAAACUUCGGCGGCCAAAUAAAACCACCCGCGGGCUGCCAGUUGGGGAACCCUACCCUAUGUAAUGCACUAGGGAAUAGAGUACCAUUUGGGAUGUAGCCUCAGUCAGUUGGGUUCAGUCCAGGGGCAUGAUGGUGAGUCGUCUCUCUGCUAAACCAACCCAUGUCUUAGAAACAUUAACAGGUCUGGCAACCACUUAAUUAAAUAGAACCAUUCAAUAUAAAUAGUAAUUGAAAUGUAUCUCUAUGCUGACAACACCAUAGAAUUACAGUAAUUUAAUAAGUACUCUGUGGACAACCCUCUCUUCAGUCUGGGCCUGAGAAAUGACCUUGCUUGCACUUAAGUGGUGUUAUCACUGGGAGAACUAGAGGGCAUGCUUUAAAUUAAUGAAUUUCAGACCAUUAAUUUAAUUAUGAGUUACUGAACCGAUAUACACUGAGUAUACAAAACAUUAGGAAUACACCUGUUAAAUACACUUCAAUCAGUGUAGAUGAAGGGGAGGAGACAGGUUAAAAAAUGAUCUUUAAGCCUUGAGACAAUUGAGACAUGGAUUGUGUAUGUGUGCCAUUCAGAGGGUGAAUGGGCAAGACAACAUAUUUAAGUCCUUUAAACGGGUUAUGGUAGUACGUGCCAGGCACAAAGGUUUGAGCGUGUCAAGAACUGCAACGCUGCUGGGUUUUUCACGCUCAACCGUUUCCUGUGUGUAUCUGACACACCAGUGACAUUCUGGACUCUGAUAUUAAUAUUGAGGGUUAUCAUAUGUUCAGAGCUGACAGACAGGGUAGAGGUGGUGGAGUGGCCAUUUUUAUAAAAAAAACAUAUUUGUCUCUUUACUGAAAUCUAUUUCCCUUGCCCAAAAAUUGGAGCUACUAUCUUUAAGCUUUUGUCUGGCGAAAAAUUUAUCCAUAACUGUUAUAGGAGUCUACCGUCCUACCUCGGCAUUCGAGGAGUUAACUAGUUUGUUACGAAAUCAGAAGUUAUUAUCCUGGGUGACCUGAAUUAUGAUUGGGAAAUGCAGGCUUCAGACAAUCUAAAAAAACAUGUGUAAUGAUCUAAACCUAACCCAGCUGGUGACUAAGCCUACACGGUCCAACCCAAAAGCUCCUUCAAAGUCAACUCUGAUUGAUCUUAUCUUAACGAAUACACCAGAGAAAUAUGUUUCUACUGGUGUCUUCGCCCAAGACAUUAGUGAGCAUUAACAGUUGUUUGUGUUAGAGAUGUGAGAAUAUAAAAAUCUAAACCUUGUGUCAUCACAAAGAGGAACUUUAAAAACUUCAGCUUUCUUACACAGUCUUUAUUUUAGUGACCUUGAUUGUGUUUUCCAGCUAAAUUCUGGAAAACUGUCAAAUCCCUGAAGGGUUCUACUUCCUCCUCUCUGCCACAACAAAUUAAUUCAGACACUGGCCUCCUUACGGAAAAAAUUUCAUCAUUGAUGCAUUUAAUCACCAUUUUAUUUCAGCGGGCUAUCUCUUUGAAAUAACUUCUAAGCCUAUUCACAAUGAUAUUGGGUUGGAUGCUGAUAGGGGAAACUUGCUGAAUGAUCAGAGAAAUUAUAGUCAAAGCUUUUCUUUUAGGCUAUUUACAGAAAAAUAAGUCCUGGAUGCUUUGCUAGCAAUAGACAACAAGAAUUCCACAGGGGGCGACCAAUUGGAUCCUGGUCUGCUUAAGUGUAAAGCGCCCAUCAUUGUUGGCUCAAUGACCCACAUUUUUUUAUUUAACAUUGUUAUCAGGAAAUAUUCCAAAAGUUUGGAAAUCAGCUCUUGUGCUGCCACUCCAUAAGGGCAGGGAUAGUAGUGAUCUUAAUAAUUAUCCCCCCAUUUCAAGGCUUCCUUGUCUAGCUAAGCUACUUGAAUCCUUGGUAAAUGUACAACUUUGCUCUUUUUUUUAUCUGAGAAAUGAAUUUAGAAUGUAAACCAAUUAGGGUUUAGGCCUGGGCAUAGCACUAUUACAGCAACCACUUCAGUUGUUAAUGAUCUUGGCAAUGCUUUAGACACUAAAAUGAAAUGUGCUGCUUUGUUUGUGGACCUGUCAAAAGCUUUUGAUACUGUUGCUCAUGCUAUUUUAUUGACUACGUUGUCCUCGAUAGGCCUGAGCGCUGAUGCCUGUUAAUCUUUUCAUGAUUAUCUUUGUGACAGAACUCAGGCCAUCAUGAUUGAUGGUGUUAAGUCUGAAUUUCUUGAAGUGCAUAAAGGUGUACCACAGGGGUUGAUUUUAGGACCUGUUCUCUUCACUAUUUAUAUAAACACCAUUUGUCAAUCUGUUUAAAAUGGUAAACUUCAUCUAUAUGCAGAUGAUACUAUUAUGUAUGCUAUUUCCCCGACUGUUGAUCUGGCAGUGUCAAAACUACAGUCAGAUGUUAUAGCUAUGCAGGAAUCCCUUGCUGAUUUAAAACUUGUGCUUAAUGCGACCAAAAACUAAAUUCAUGUUGUUUUAAAACUCUCGUAAGAAUUUAUCAGAUGAAUUACAUGUUCACUCAUUAGAUGGUUCUCCAAUUGAACGUGUUCCCGCAUAUAAAUACUUAGGCAUUUGGAUUGAUAUGGAUUUGACAUUUAACAAACAUAUGGAUGAGCUGGUUAAGAAGCUAAGAUUUUAAGUUGGCUUUUUCUACAAAAACAGAUGGUACCUUUCUCUAAGCAGUAGGAAACAGAUUAUUCAGUCAACCUUUUUAUCUAUUCUUGAUUAUGGUGAUACCAUAGUGCCCUUCAUUUUGUUACAGGUGACAUUUUUGAUACUCAUCACUGUAUCAUGCAUGGUUCAGUGUUGCUUGCCUCGAAGCAAGCGUAGAAGGAAUUUAGCUUGUCUGGUAGGCCAGCGUAACUGAGCAGCUGGGUUUCCCUUUGUAAUCCGUGAUAGCCCUGCCCCAUCCGAUGAGCAUCAGAGCCGGUGUAGUAGGAUUCUAUCUGAGUCCUGUGUUGACACUUUGCAUGUUGGAUGGCUCGUCGGAGGUCAUAGUGGGAUUUUUUAUAAGCGUCCAGAUUAGUGUUCCGCUCCUUGAAAGUGGCAGCUCUAGCCUUUAGCUCAGUGCGGAUGCUUCCUGUAAUCCAUGGCUUCUGGUUGGGAUAUGUACGUACGGUCACUGUGUGGACGAUAUUGUCGAUGAACUUAUUAAUGAAGCCGGUGACUGAUGUGGUAAACUCCUCAAUGCCAUCGGAUGAAUCCCGGAACAUAUUGUACUCUUUGCUAGCGAAACAGUCCUGUAGCUUAGCAUCCGCUUCAUCAGACCACUUCCAUAUUGGGCGUGUCACUGGUACUUCCUGUUUGAGUUUUUGCUUGUAAGCUGGAAUCAGGAGGAUAUUGUUAUGGUCAGAUUUGCCAAAUGGAGGGCGAGGGAAAGCUUUGUAUGCAUUUCUGUGUGUGGAGUAAAGGUGAUCAAGAGUUUUUUUCGCCUCUAGUUGCACAGGUGACAUGCUGGCAGAUAUUAGUUGAGACUUAUUUCAGUUUCCCUGCAAUAAAAUCAGCGGCUACUAUGAGCGCUGCCUCUGGAUGAGCAUUUGUAGAACCGUGUUUGUAGAACUCAAUUUAAUCUUGUCUUUACUAAUAGGUCAAAUUAGUUUCGAUUUAGAAUGGCCCAUUAUCAAAUGGGCAGGAACAGGGGCAGGGGAAAAAAGGCAUGUCAUCCAUAUGCACUCCAAUAGCGAAUGGAGGCCACUUUCCUGCUGGUUCAUUUUUCACUCAUGUUGGGUAGGCUAUUCCGGUUAUUUCACUCCAUGCAUCAACCACUGUUUGAGGAGCAUGCAGCCUCUCACCGGCAGUAGGUAAUAUUCCGCCCAAACUCUGUAUGCCAUGGGCUCUCCAACCCUGUUCCUGCAGCUACCCAGUGCUUAAUUUGGGAAACCGAGUGAAAUCUGUCCGGGAACAUCAAUAGUAACAUGUUUUCACAACUUAACAUUAAACUGUUGAUAGCCCCUCUUUCUGCGCGCUUGAGAAAGGAAUGAAGGAGAGAGGGGAGGAGAUGGAAAGACACGGUGCUGAGAUAUUCUGUAGCUAAAAGUAAUGUUUCAGCCUAUUAACUAUGAAAAUAUAAAAAUGCCCUAUUACUAGGCUAUUCAAAAUCAAAUACAAAUGCACUGUAGGCCUAAUUUUAAUAACUCUAAAUUUGUUUUAAUUUAGGCUACCAAUUAUGAACCAAAGAGAUUAUUAUUAUUUAUUUUUAUGUUUUUCUGCCUUGCUUAAUAUGUUUAGGCUAUGUAUUGUAUAACAUCACAAUCAUUAUUUUAAUUCAGGUUUUCUUUCCUACUUGGGCUCAUAUAUAGGCCUAUGCUUAUGCAUAAGCUCUAAUAUGCAUAUGGAGUUUUGAAUUAAUCAUCACAUUAGAAAGCCCUGUCCAUGGCGCUGUGUUAGGCUUUGAAACAACAUUCAAAACGACCAUGUUUUCCACUCAGUUUCAACAUGUUGUAGAAUUUCUUUCUUCAAAUUGAUCUAUCACAGUGAGGUGAGUUUUUUUUUUUUAAGCACAUAUUGUUUUGAUGAUAAGUGUUUGAUGUGAUUUUCGAUUGCAUUUUCAUUCAUGUCAAAGUGGUUAGAGGGACAGUAGAGCCCUGAGUGCCAGGCCAUUAGUGACCUGAUGAUUGUUAGCAAAUUGGAUACUACUAACAUGUGUCCAGAGUGCAUAAGGGGAGAUUAACGUGACUCAACGGUCACGUGGAAUUUUACUGCGGUCAUGACUCAUGACUGCCAGUGUGGCGGUAAUAUGGUCACCGCAACAGCCAUAGGAGGUGAGAGGUUUUGGAGGCAUGAUCUGUGUGCAUCUGAAACUUUCUCACUCAUCAUUAUUCAUACAUGAUUAUCCAUUCAUGUAGAAGUGUUCAGAAACAUAUUAUAUAUUAACCCCCCCCCCUCAAAUCGUUGGAGCAUGGACUCUACAAGGUGUCAAAAGUGUCCCAGAGGGAUGCUGAACCAUGUUGACUUUAAUGCAUACUUUUGACUAAAUGUAGUACACUUUCAAAAGGGGUGGACUAAAUUAAAGUGCAUUCAUUUCUAAAUGGUAAAACAGAUAUGUAUGAAAAUACCCUCAAAUAAAAGGUGAAAUUCUGUACUUUUGCCUCAUAUAAAACAUUUGAUCUCAAAUCUAAAAUGCUAGACUAUAGAGACAUUAAACGUUUUAGCUUCACUGUCCAAAUAAAUACAUAGGGGAGUGCCUUCAGAAAGUAUUCACACCCCUUGACUUUUUCCACAUUUGGUUGUGUUACAAAAGUGGGAUUAAAAUUGAUUUAAUUGUCAUUUUUGGUCAACGAUUUACACAAAAUACUGUCAAAGUGGAAGGAAAAUUAUAAAUAAUUGUUUAAAUAAAUGGAAAAUAAAAUACUAAUAUAUCUCGAUUAGACAAGACUCCUGAGGCAAUGCAUGUUAGAAUCACCUUUGGCAGUGAUUACAGCUGUGAGUCUUUCUGGGUAAGUCUCUAACAGCUUUACACACCUGGAUUGUACAAUAUUUGCCCAUUAUUCUUAAAAAAAUGUGUCAAGCUCUGUCAAGUUGGUUGUUGAUCAUUGCUAGACAGCCAUUUUCAAGUCUUGCCAUAUAUCUUCAAGCCAAUUUAAGUCAAAAGUGUAACUAGGCCACUCGGGAACAUUCAACGUCAUCUUGGUAAGAAACUCUAGUGUAUAUUUGACCUUGUGUUUUAGGUUAUUGUCCUGCUGGAAGGUGAAUUUGUCUCCCAGUAUCUGUUGGAAAGCAGACUGGACCAGGUUUUCCUCUAGGAUUUUGCCUGUGCUUAGCUCCAUUCCGUUUCUUUUUAUCCUCAAACUCCCUAGUCCUUGUCGAUUACAAGCAUACCCAUGGUCCUCUGUAGCUCAAUUGGUAGAGCAUGGCGCUUGUAACGCCAGGGUAGUGGGUUCGAUCCCCGGGACCACCCAUACGUAAAAAUGUAUGCACACAUGACUGUAAAUCGCUUUGGAUAAAAGCGUCUGCUAAAUGGCAUAUUAUUAUUAUAUUAUAACAUGAUGCAGCCAUCACUUUAAAAAAGAGUGGUACUCAGUGGUGUGUUGUUGGAUUUGCCUCAAACAUAACGCUUUGUAUUCAGGACAUAAAGUAUAUUUAUUUUCCACAUUUUUUGCAGUUUUACUUUAGUGCCUUAUUACAAGCAGGAUGCAUGUUUUGGAAUAUUUGUAUUCUGUACAAGCUCCCUUCUUUUCACUGUCAUUUAUGUUAGUAUUGUGGAGUAACUACAAUGUUGUUUAGUCAUCCUCAGUUAUCUCCUAUCACAACUAUUAAACUCUGUAACUGUUUUAAAAUCACCAUUGGCCUCAUGGUGAAAUCCUUCAGUGGUUUCCUUCCUCGCCGGCAACUGAUUUAGGAAGGGUACCUGUAUCUUUGUAGUGACUGGGUUUAUUGAUACACCAUCCAAAGUGUAAAAUUAAUAACUGCACCAUGCUCAAAGGGAUAUUCAAUGUCUGUAUGUUUUUUUAUAUACCCAUCUACCAAUAGGUGCCCUUUGCGAACCAUAGGAAAACCUCCCUGGUAUUUGUGGUUGAAACUGUGUGUUGAAUUCACUGCUCGACUUAGGGACCUUACAGAUCAUUGUAUGUGUGGGGUACAGAGAUGGUGUAGUCAUUUCAAAAUAAUGUUAAACACUAGUAUUGGACACAGAGUGAGUCCAUGCAACUUAUUAUGGGACUUAUGGGACUUGUCCUGAAAAAGCCAAGGUAUGUGAAUACUUUCUGAAGGCACUGUAUGUGGCUCUGAAUGUUAAUGCGCCAAAUUGACUGUUCUCAUGUGCACUGCUCUCUCUCUUCCCAGCUGAUCUCUACCUUUCCCCACGACAAUCAUACAGCAUUAUUACAGGGUAUGUAACUACUGCUACUGUGCUGAGUGAGAUAUGUUUAUUAAAACAUUCUCUCUUCCUCUUUCCUCCAGCUGAUCACAGCUAUCCCCACCCACCGCCUGAAGUUCCUAAAGGAGGCUGGCCACGGCACCCAUAAGGAGGAUGUCCCUGAAAACGAGAUGAACGAGGGGGAUGAUGAGAUCGACCAUGCUGAGAUGGAGCUCCGUAGGGGACAGGUCCUCUGGUUCAGGGGCCUCAACCGCAUCCAGACUCAGGUACGCACUGGGGGUCCUCAACUACCAUCACCUGCUUUCGCAUUAGCAUCCCCAGCCCCCCCCCCUCUCUCCUUCCUUUACUUCCAGUCCCCUCCAGGGGUUCCACAGGUAUAGGAGGAGAAGAAGAGAGGAGAAGAACAUCUAUAAGGGGUUGAUAGGAUUGGAUACUCCUCUCCCUCUCUCCCCCCCUCCCCCCCUCCCUCCCUUUCCCCCAUCUCUCCCCGCCAGCAUUCACAGGUAAAGACAAGAGCUACAGAAGAUCUGCAAUGCGAUGAGAGGAAGGGAUAUACUUCCCCCUUGUCCUCCCUGUUGUUAGGAGCUUUAACCUGCUGUCUGUUCUCCAGGUGUAGUGGUCCUGUCAAACGGAAGAAGAAGACAACAUGGUUCUUCACCAUGACUGUCUUGAUAACUGUCGUGCUGGUAUUAUGUGGUUGUUUCAGCCUCCUUGUUUAAAUUCAGUCAUUCUAAGUUAGCCUGGGUACCAGUCUGUUUAGCUAGCAUUUCACUCCUUGUACUCUGUGUAAUGUGCCAAAGAUUUUGCAAUGACACAGAGUACAAGGAGUGGAAUGUUAUCUGAACAGACUGGUACCCAGGCAAGUUCUAAGUCUCUCUGAAAGUUAAGAGUUUUUCUCUUGAUAAGAGUUGUCUCUGAAUAACUGGGUUGUAAAUGUAUUUUACUUUUGCCUCCUGUGAAGACAGACAGGUGUGUGUUUUCGUCUGAGGGAGACAGCCUGAUUGCAACCUGACAAUGGGACUGUGACACAGAGUCUGAUGGCUGGGCUUUGAUUUCCUGUCACAGUGUCACCUCUGUCUCUACUGUCUAACAUGUCACCCCCUAGCUGGAUAGCUCUCUAACUAAGUGAUCCCUAAAAUGGUGGAUCGGGAUCCAGAUGGGUAAUAUCAGAAGGAGAUCAGAUACCAGGGGCUGAAUGUAUCAAGUGUUGCAGGGUAGUAACUGAUCUAGGAUCAGUUCUGCCUUUUCGAUCACAAUGAAUAAGAAUAUAUGGAUAGAGGGGAGCUGAUCCUGCAUCAGCACUCCUACUCUGAGACGCUUUGUGAAUAUGGGCCCUGGGAUGUAAGGUGUCAGUAGCUCUGGGCCCUCAGGGGUGGGGGAGUGGAAACCCUACCUGGUCACUUGUGACUCUGACACACUGGAGACCUGCCUGUAGCGAUAGUCACUACCCACCAACACAACUAGACAUAUCUCUAUAUAAUCUGAUGGAGAGUUAUAAUGAAUGACUCUCAGCCUCAUACUAAUACUGCUGUUGCUGCUACUGAGGCUUCUCUCUCUCUCUCUCUCUCUCUCUCUAUUCAACUCUGUUUCACUGUCUUGGUGUACACAGCCUUAGGGUGUGUGAUGGGAGAUGGGGAGCAGAAACACACUUACUGCCUGUUGUGCACACACACACACACACACACACACACACACCAUCGGCUUGCUUAUAUUUAGAGACUGUAUUCAAAUAGAGCUUUUCACCAGGUCUCCAAUUGCUUUAUGUAGUGGGACACACACACACACCCUUUAACUGCUGGGGGAUUCCACAGGGUCUCCUUCGCUGUGGGUGCAUAGGAAGGAGUGUUUUGUAGCUCUAUCCCACACACAUAUACACGCCAGAGGUGGUCACAUACAUAGAAACCCCACCCGCAGCGCACACACACUGCCUGCAGCACACACACUGGACCACCACUGCUAAAUUGUCUGUGUGUGUAUAUAUACAUUACCAGUCAAAAGUUUGGACACACCUACUCAUUCAAGGGUUUUUCUUUAUUUUUACAAUUUUUUACAUUGUAGAAUAAUAGUGAAGACAUCAAAACUAUGAAAUAACACAUAUGGAAUCAUGUAGUAACCAAAAAACAAAUCAAAAUAUACACUACCGUUCAAAAGUUUGGUCACUUAGACAUUAUUUUGUCCAUUAAAAUAACAUCAAAUUGAUCAGAAAUACAGUGUAGACAUUGUUAAUGUUGUAAAUGGCUAUUGUAGCUGGAAACAGCAGAUUUUUUUUAUGGAAUAUCUAAAUAGAUGUACAGAGGCCCAUUAUCAGCAACCAUCAGUCCUGUGUUCCAAUGGCACGUUGUGUUUGCUAAUCCAAGUGUAUCAUUUUAAAAGGCUAAUUGAUCAGUAGAAAACCCUUUUGCAAUUAUUUUAGCACAGCUGAAAACUGUUGGGCUGAUUUAAAGAAGCAAUAAAACGGGCCUUCUUGAGACUAGUUGAGUAUCUGCCGCAUCAGCAAUUGUGGGUUCGAUUACAGAAUCAAAAUGGCCAGAAACAAAUAACUUUCUUCUGAAACUCAUCAGUCUAUUCUUGUUCUGAGAAAUGAAGGCUAUUCCAUGCGAGAAAUUGCCAAGAAACUGAAGAUCUCGUACAACGCUGUGUACUACUCCCUUCACAGAACAGCGCAAACUGGCUCUAACCAGAUUAGAAAGAGGAGUGGGAGGCCCCGGUGCACAACUGAGCAAGAGGACAAAUACAUUAGUGUCUAGUUUGAGAAACAGAUGCCUCACAGGUCCUCAACUGGCAGCUUCAUUAAAUAGUACCCGCAAAACACCAGUCUCAACGUCAACAGUGAAGAGGCAACUCCGGGAUGCUUACCUUCUAGGCAGAGUUGCAAAGAAAAAGCCAUAUCUCAGACUGGCCAAUAAAAAGAAAAUAUUAAGAUGGGCAGUCUGAGAUACAACUUUUUCUUUGCAACUCUGCCAAGAAGGUCAGCAUCCUGGAGUCGCCUCUUUACUGUUGACGUUGAGACUAGUGUUUUGCGGGUACUAUUUAAUGAAGCUGCCAAUAGCCUUCAUUUCUCAGAACAAGAAUAGACUGACAAGUUUCAGAAGUAAGUUAUUUGUUUCUGGCCAUUUUGAGCCUGUAAUCGAACCCACAAUUGCUGAUGCUCCAGAUACUCAACUAGUCUCAAGAAGGCCCGUUUUAUUGCUUCUUUAAUCAGCACAACAGUUUUCAGCUGUGCUAACAUAAUUGCAAAAGGGUUUUCUAAUGAUCAAUUAGCCUUUUAAAAUGAUAAACUUGGAUUAGCAAACACAACGUGCCAUUGGAACACAGGACUGAUGGUUGCUGAUAAUGGGCCUCUGUACGCCUAUGUAGAUAUUCCAUAAAAAAUCAGCCGUUUCCAGCUACAAUAGCCAUUUACAACAUUAACAAUGUCUACACUGUAUUUCUGAUCAAUUUGAUGUUAUUUUAAUGGGCAAAACAAUUGCUUUUCUUUCGAAAACAAGGACAUUUCUAAGUCAACCCAAACUUUUGAACGGUAGUGUAUACAGUUGAAGUUGGAAGUUUACAUACACCUUAGCCAAAUACAUUUAAACUCAGUUUUUCACAAUUACUGACAUUUAAUCCUAGUAAAAAUUCCCUGUCUUAGGUCAGUUAGGGUCACCAUUUUAUUUUAAGAAUGUGAAAUGUCAGAAUGUGUUAGAGAGGGAUUUCUUUCAGCUUUUAUUUAUUUCAUCACAUUCCCAGUGGGUCAGAAGUUUACAUACACUCAAUUAGUAUUUGGUAGCAUUACCUUUAAAUUGUUUAACUUGGGUCAAACGUUUCGGGUAACCUUCCACAAGCUUCCCACAAUAAGUUGGGUGAAUUUUGGCCCAUUCCUCCUGACAGAGCUGGUGUAACUGAGUCAGGUUUGUAGGCCUCCUUGCUCGCACACGCUUUUUCAGUUCUGCCACAAAUGUUCUAUAUGUUUGAGGUCAGGGCUUUGUGAUGGCCACUCCACUACUUUGACUUUGUUGUCCUUAAGCCAUUUUGCCACAACUUUGGAAGUAUGCUUGGGGUCAUUGUCCAUUUGGAAGACCCAUUUGCGACCAAGCUUUAACUUCCUGACUGAUGUCUUGAGAUGUUGCUUCAAUAUAUCCACAUACUUUUCCUUCCUCAUGAUGCCAUCUAUUUUGUGAAGUGCACCAGUCCCUCCUGCAGCAGAGCACCCCCGCAGCAUGAUGCUGCCACCCCCGUGCUUCACGGUUGGGAUGGUGUUCUCUGGCUUGUUCUUUGGCCCCCUUUUUCCUCCAAACAUAACGAUGGUCAUUAUGGCCAAACAGUUCUAUUUUUGUUUCAUCAGACCAGAGGACAUUUCUCCAAAAAGUACGAUCUUUGUCCCCAUGUGCAGUUGCAAACCGUAGUCUGUCUUUUUUAUGGCGGUUUUGGAGCAGUGGCUUCUUCCUUGCUGAGCAGCCUUUCAGGUUAUGUCAAUAUAGGACUAGUUUUACUGUGGAUAUAGAUACUUUUGUACCUGUUUCCUCCAGCAUCUUCACAAGGUUCUUUGCUGUUGUUCUGGCAUUGAUUUGCACUUUUCGCACCAGACCAGAGGACAUUUCUCCAAAAAGUACGAUCUUUGUCCCCAUGUGCAGUUGCAAACCGUAGUCUGUCUUUUUUAUGGCGGUUUUGGAGCAGUGGCUUCUUCCUUGCUGAGCAGCCUUUCAGGUUAUGUCAAUAUAGGACUAGUUUUACUGUGGAUAUAGAUACUUUUGUACCUGUUUCCUCCAGCAUCUUCACAAGGUUCUUUGCUGUUGUUCUGGCAUUGAUUUGCACUUUUCGCACCAAAGUACGUUCAUCUCUAGGAGACAGAACAAGUCUCCUUCCUGAGCGGUAUGACGGCUGCGUGGUCCCAUGGUGUUUAUACUUGCGUACUAUUGUUUGUACAGAUGAACGUGGUACCUUCAGGCGUUUGGAAUUUGCUCCCAAGGAUGAACCAGACUUGUGGAGGUCUACAAUUUUCAUACUGAGGUCUUGGCUGAUUUAUUUUGAUUUUCCCAUGAUGUCAAGCAAAGAGGCACUGAGUUUGAAGUUAGUCCUUGAAAUACAGGUACAUCUCCAAUUGACUCAAAUGAUGUCAAUUAGCCUAUCAGAAGCUUCUAAAGCAAUGACAUCAUUUUCUGGAAUUUUCCAAGCUGUUUAAAGGCACAGUUAACUUAGUGUAUGUAAACUUCUGACCCACUGGAAUUGUGAUACAGUGAAUUAUAAGUGAAAUAAUCUGUCUGUAAACAAUCGUUGGAAAAAUUACUUGUGCCAUGCACAAAGUAGAUGUCCUAACCGAUUUGCCAAAACUAUAGUUUGUUAACAAGAAAUUUGUGGAGUGGUUGAAAAACGAGUUUUAAUGACUCCAACCUAAGUGUAUGUAAACCUCCGACUUCAACUGUAUAUGUAUGUAUGUAUGUAUGUAUGUAUGUAUGUAUGUAUGUAUGUAUGUAUGUAUGUAUGUAUGUAUGUAUGUAUGUAUGUAUGUAUGUAUGUAUGUAUGUAUGUAUGUAUAUAUAUAUAUAUAUAUAUUUGUGUGUGUGUGUAUAUAUAUUACAUUUAAUACAUUUUGGGAUGGUAAAACUUUUUCAGUGUAAAAUUAAAUGACUACAACCAGAUAUAAAGUAUGUAGAAAAGAUAGUGGACCUAUAUAUUUAUGAGAUCAUCUUUCAGAACUAACAACCACCAGAAUAAAAACUACACAGUCAGGGAGAAUCUGAAAUUCCAAAACAUUUCAUGGAAUGGGCCACUUUCAUGUUUGAGGCACUCGGAUAGCAGCAUAAGCCAUGGCAAAUGUGUAGAAUUGCAGGAAACUAGCUUUUAACUGUACAAUUUCAUCUUGGCCCCAUGGCAAAAUGUGUAGAAUUGCAGGAAAUGUGUUGCAUGGGCCACCGCUGCACAAACAAAUCCUAGGGGCAAGACUGAUGGAGGAAGAAAGGAAGCUGAAGUCCAUUGUGUCCAUACCUACACACAGACACAUACACACACACACACACACACAGCGCAGUAGAGCUAGCACCACUCCCAUUCACUCUGCCCACCAGAUUUCACAGCUACUCUUCCUGGGGUCCAGCCAAAUUAAGGCAGUUAUAUACAAUUAAAAACAUUACAAUACAUUUCACAACAGAUUUCACAGCACAUUAAGUGUGUGCCCUCAGGCCACUACUCUACUAUCACAUAUCUACAAACAGAAUCCAUGUGUGUAUAGUGCGUAUGUUAUCAUGUGUGCGUGUGUUUGUGCUUGUGUGUGUGUCUCUUCACAGUCCCCGCUGUUCCAUAAGGUGUAUUUUUAUCUGUUUUUUUUAAAUAGGAUUUUACUGCUUGCAUGAGUUACUUGAUGUGGAAUAGAGUUCCAUGUAGCCAUGGCUCUAUCUAGUACUGUGCACCCCCCAUAGUCUGUUCUGGACUUGGGGACUGUGAAGAGACCUCUGGUGGUAUGUCUUGUGGGGUAUGCUGUGUGCUAGUAGUUUAAACAGACAGCUCGGUGCAUUCAACAUGUCAAUACUUCUCACAAAUAUAAGUAGAGAUUAAGUCAAUCUCUCCUACUUUGAGCCAGGAGAGAUUUACAUGCAAAUUAUUAAUGUUAGCUCUCCAUGUACAUAUAUGGGCUGCCCUGUUCUGGGCCAUUUGUACAGUAGUCCAGCUGCAACAAAACUAGGGCCUGUAGGACAUGCCUUGUUGAUAGCAAUGUUACGAAAGCAGAGAUGAGCUUUAUUAUGGACAGACCUCUCCCCAUUUUAGCUACUGUUGCAUCAAUAUGUUUUGACCAUGACAGUUUACAAUCCAGGGUUACUCCAAGCAGUUUAGUCUCCUCAACUUGCUCAAUUUCCAAAUUAUUCAUUACAAGAUUUAGUUGAGGUUUAGGGUUUAGUGAAUGAUUUGUUCCAAAUACAUUGAUUUUAGUCUUUGAAAUGUUUAGAACUAACAGUAGAGAACAUCGGGGUUUCUUUUUUAGUUGUUUUCUCAAAACAAACCUAAAAGGUGUUGGUGUUCCCCUUUAGAAUACCACCUCUUCUCUCUCUAUGUGUUUUAGAAUGGCCCAUUCUUCCUGACAAUACAUCAGCCAAAUUGGGUCCUUUCUUCGGAGUGUGAGCGGGAUUAUUAGGCUGUGAUGCUACAAUAGAGUGGGCCUAUGGAGACAUUUCCAGAAGGCAAGCUUUGGUUCAGCAGUGCCGCUCUCUCCCCUCCUACAGGAGUGAGCUAGGGGCAAUCGUAGCGCUAGCAUGUCCAGAGGCUAUUCCUCUGUGUUCCUAUGGGCUUCAUUAGCCUUCGCUAACGCUGAAACAACAUACCUGCAGCAAGACCCCUGUAAGAGUGGGCGAAGGAUGAUUAGAUUGUUGUUGUGUUAUUUGGAUGUAAACAUAUAUGUCCCUCUUGUACAGUGGGUCAAAAAUAAUUCUGGCUUUUCCUAGAUGGAGAGUCUUUCUCAGUCUGCCUUGGGGGUGCAGAGAGGGGGAGGUGGAGUGCUUUAACGUUCUUCUUUUUAACUCUUCCAUUAUCUACAGGGCUGUGGCAGACUCCAGUCCUAUCUCUCUGGUGUCUCUCACUCACUCACUCACUCACUUCACUCACUCACUCACUCACUCCAGAAGUCUAUACUGUUUGGGCACCCUGUAACUAACCUUCUACCCUCUUCUUCAACUGAAAUAUGCAACUCUCUCUCAAAUAUGUUUAUCUCUUCUUGAAUUAAUUGAUCUCUCUCUCUUCUCGUCCUUCUCUAUCCCUCUGCUAUUAUACAUUAACUGUAAUCCUUUAUGAUGGAAAGACUCUCGAUAUGAUUGACCAGAAUAAUAAAUAAAUAUAUGUUUUGUCUUUAUAUUAUGUUAGAGGUAUUUCAUAGUAUGUGUGUAGAUUUAGAACUAAAUAACAACAUGUUUUACUGUUGACACAUUUUCUUCAUUUAUUGGGAUACAACGCCAUAAUUGGCACUUCUUAUUCGUUGCUUCCAAGUUGGUUUCUGUGUCGUUCGCUCCGGAUUUUAAAUCCCAUUCCGAUGUUCCACUUCCUCAGCCCAAUUUCCCUAUUUAUCACCCUCUUCCCCUCCUCUCUCAUCCUCCCUUUCUCCCUCCAUCACACUGAUAAAGGAAGUUCUGAGAGGAGAAGCAGUAGAGCGUUCUCUUACUCUCUUUCUCCUGGGGAGGGAGAAUAGAAGGAUGGGAGAAAGGUGGGGGGGGGUGACGGAGAGAGGCAGUGAGGUAAUUAGGUCCUUAUCUCCCCUUCUGACUCCCCUCCCUCCCCUCUGUCUAAUCCUGGUGGGCUGUGCGGUGCAGUUGUAUGUGUGUCAGCACGGCUGGUUAGUCAAACACAACCAGGACAUAAUUGGCAAGAGGAGGACGACUUAGCACCAAACUUAUCAGUGGCCUAUAGGAACACUCUCUGUCUGCCAUCUUCGUUUGUUUCCCUCCCUCGCUCCUGCCGGUGCCCUCAACCUUUCCUCUUGUCACAAAAAUAAUAUUCCCCCUUUCAUUCAGUGGCAGGCCUUCCAGUCCUCUCCCUCUCCAUUCAUCAUCCCACUCUUCCUCCAUCUCUCCAAUCCCCCCCUUCUGUCCCUUCCAACUAACGAGUUGGGGAUUUUCUCUAUUUUUCAAUAACCAUUUUUUCUGCUCUGCCCAUACAAUGUUUCUUUCUGCUAUCUUUCCCCUCCUCUCUCUCUUUUUUCUCUCCCUUUCUCUUUAUCUCUCCCUCUCUCUCCCCUCUCUUCUUGCCCCUUCUCUCUUUCUUUCUCUCCCUACGUCUCUGUCUCUUCUGACUAUGCUGUGGGCUGUUGUUUGCAGAUGGACGUGGUCUAUACAUUCCAGACGGGUCAGGCUCCGGUCCCGGGGGCAUUGAGACGCCAGCCCUCUGUGGUCAGCCAGCACAACGACGCCAAAACUGUCUCUAGCCCCACCCACGUAGGGCUUUCCUCUUCCUCCCUGUCUGCCAACUCUGCCGGGGCCCCGCCCCUUCCUGCAGCCGCCGCCGCUGCUUCCCCCUCCACUGCAGGCAGUGAGUGAGCGGUUGCAAUAGCGACCCCUUAACAACAAGCUAUCUUUUCUCUGCCGCCUCCUCCUCCUCCCUCUCCUCCAAUCAGAAUGCUGAAUGCUGCAUGACUGACUGACUGUUUGAUUUCUUGAUUGAAUUGCUGACAUGCCGUCAUUACCCCAGCCACAGCCUGCCGAUGCCUGCUGACUACUUCCUCUCUAUGAUUCUCUGUCUUUCUCUUUUUCUAUGUCUGUUUCGUUCCCUUUCUCUGUCUUAUUGUUUUAUUUUCUCUCUCUCGCUCUCUCUCUUUCUUUCUCCUGCUCUUUCACAUAUUCUCUCCCCCUUCUAUUGAACUCAUUUACUUGCUGGCUACUACACAGACAGACCGUCCUGCAUCCUCGAUUCACUCUGCAUCUCUCCUAUGGCUUCCCCAGUGCAUCGUGGGGGUUGGAGUUCUCCAAACUCCUAAUAUGAUCUGCAUGUAUUAACACUGGUGAGACCUCGCCGUGAGACGAGAUCAACCUAAAAUCAUUGGCAGGAAAUACAAAGAGCCAAAUCUGUCUCAUUCCUGACUCUGAAAAUCUCAUCAUCUGGAAUCCUGACGUCCAUUUUAUUUCCCUGGCUGUGGUCGGUCCGGCAAUACAGCGGCCUCGGUAGAGAGAUAAUUGGACAGGCUAAUCUCACACAGGAUAUAAUCUGAACAGGUUAAAUCCCGCAGGCAGGCUCUAAUCUGAGAGGCUGUUAUCUGAGGCAGGGCCCAGGAGGUCUCACUAGGGUUAAUAGCGAAGGGUUAAAUGCAUUUUGUAAUAACUGUGCAUCACUCCAUUUCCUGAGCUGCCUCUGCACUUCUCUCUCUCUCUCUCUCUCUGUGUGUGUGUGUGUGUGUGUGUGGGGGGUAGUAUUUUUCAGAUUCUUCUUUUCUCGUUCCAGUGGCUACAUAUCAGAAAGCAUGCCUUUUCCACCUUCUCUCCAACUGUUACUAAGGACACAUAGGGCAUCUUAAAGGGCUAGCCACAGUCACAGUUCAUUGGCUGGUAGCUCAGCCAUCUCCAGCUCUGAGAAUACAUGUGUGGAAAAGGAGAGAGUCAAUGUAUGACUUGAAUGAGUGUGUGAGUGAUUCUGUGUCAGACGUGAUGUAGUCAUUUGUGUGGUUAGUGUAUAGAGUGUCCAUUAGUUCUGGUGAUGGUGUUGGACUGUUUUAGUAAGAGAGAUGAGCUAAGGAGUGUGAGCUAUGAUAAUCAGCUUCCUCUGUACGGAUGAGAGGGACAGAGGGAUGGGGGAUGACCUUGCCCUUCACUAGGGGGAGAGACGGAGAGGUGAGAGGGGAGAAAAGGGGGAGGGGGACGUCAUUCCUCACACCACGACACAGCACUGCCUCUCCCCCCCAGAGACACACACAUGCCGUCUGCCAAGCAACAGAGUCCUGAGAGACACGCACACACACACACACACACACACACACACACACACACACACACACACACACACACCCUCAGAGGGCUGCAAGGAGAUGGCUGACAGAUGCUGCAGCUACUCCCUUCUCUCUCCUUCCCCCUUUCUCUAGUUCUCGCUCUCUAUCCUCCAGUUGCCCCCUAACUCAUAUGUAUGGAUGAUGCACUCUCGUUCUUUCUUCUCAUCCCUCUCUCUUCUCCCUCUCUCUAUGUCAGUCCACUAUUCAGGGAGGACUUAUGACUCAGUGUGUGUUUUUUAGUUUUUUUUAAAAAAUUGGCUGGCAACCCCAGUGCUGACUUCUUCCUCCAUGGCAGCCUCUGCAUCUCACUCUGCUUUUUUCUCACUAAAAGGGAUUCAUGGGGAAGAAAGAUAGCCGUAUAUUUCUACCACAGUUUGUUAUGUAAAAAGGGUGAUGGAUGCCUGCGGUACACUGGUGUAUCUUGGCAACCGCCAACAAGCUCACACGAGAGGCACGCAGAGAUCAGAUAGAUAUGAGAGGACUUAGAAACCUAGAGAAGUACACACAAAAGUAGACACACAUGUUAGAGGACUUAAAACCCUGGGCUUAAAGAGGAAGUGUUGUAGAGACACUCGUCACACACUGAGGUUCUGGAGUGAAGGAAGAGGUGGUGCAGAUAACGGAUUUGCAAACCGAACUAAAGUCUCUGGAAAAAGUGUGAAUAUGAUUAAAGAAAUAAAAGAUUAUUAGGAGUGAAGAAUAUGGGAAAUAUCGAAGUAUAUGAAAUAGGUCAUGUAAGACUGAGAAUACAAAGUGGAAUUGAAAUAGCUGUUAUUUUUUCCAUAACUCGUAGGAAUUUGUAUCAGCUUUAAGGCUCUCGGAGUGUUCAGCCAAGCUGUCACCUUUUACCUUUCACCCCUGACCCCUAUCCCCAGUCUAUGCACACAUUUAGAGCUGCUGGAAGGUGGCCGUUUAACAUGAUCACUUCUUUUUGAUCCAAUUGCUGCAAGCCCUGAUUCCCACCCUUUUCCUCUUUUUCUUAUUAAUGCCUUUCAUUCUCUGUUUUCUCUCAUACUAUUCCCGAUGUUUCACUCCUUCAUCUCUAGUUCUGAAUAUGUUUUGCUUCUCUCACUCUGCAGUAUAUUUCCAUCCUCUCCCACUCUUCUGUCUGUCUUUCCACUCCUCUGUCUCCCUCUCUUCUCCUCCCAGGACUCUCUCUAUUCUGACUACAGGGUAACAAUAACAGACCAAAGAGCAAAGGAGGGAAUCCGACCAGUGGUAUUCAUCCUGGAUUUACCAUGUUUAUUUGUGUGUGUCCGUGCGUGCAUAUGCGUGCGUACGUGUGUGUGACUAUUUUCUUCCUGGCACGGAAAUGGAGAAAUGAAAAUGGAAAUACAUUUUGUUAGACAUCACAAUGCUGUCUUAAACAAAGACACACACACACACAGCCAGAGAAGUCUGCCUGAAAUAAGAAUUUAAUUAUCAAGACUCAACACAGAGACAGAGAUUGCUGAUUGAAUAGUCUGUAGAGAUGAGGCCCACAUACAGUCCACCAAAGUGGAGCUCAUUUCUCAUCAUAAUCAGCCGCAUCAUGCCAGAGAACGCUGUGGAAAUGCUUAGAUUUGACCCUUUUUCAAUUUUUCUUAGUUGUCUCUCUCUCUCUCUCUCUCAUACACACACACUUAGUCCCUCUGCCAGCCAGCGGUGCUCAUUUUCACACCUCUGAUGUAUAGGGUCAUCCUCUGUAGCUCAGCUGGUAGAGCACGGUGCUUGUAACGCCAUGGUAGUGGGUUCGAUCCCCGGGACCACCCAUACACAAAAAUGUAUGCACACAUGACUGUAAGUCGCUUUGGAUAAAAGUGUCUGCUAAAUGGCAUAUUAUAUCAUAUUAUAUUAUAGGUGCCUGCACAGUCAUCUCUCUCUCUCUCUGUAACACGCUGUGUUCUCCUCCUGGGCCUGACUGAGAGCUGAGGGCCUGUAGCAGAACGCAUGUCAGCUCUUCUUAACCACUCCUGUCUGGCUGACAUCUUACCCCUGUCUGGCUGACAUCUUACCCCUGUCUGGCUGACGUCUUACCCCUGUCUGGCUGACGUCUUACCCCUGUCUGGCUGACGUCUUACCCCUGUCUGGCUGACGUCUUACCCCUGUCUGGCUGACGUCUUACCCCUGUCUGGCUGACGUCUUACCCCUGCCUGGCUGACAUCUUACCCCUGCCUGGCUGACAUCUUACCCCUGUCUGGCUGACAUCUUACCCCUGUCUGGCUGACAUCUUACCCCUGCCUGGCUGACGUCUUACCCCUGUCUGGCUGACAUCUUACCCCUGUCUGGCUGACGUCUUACCCCUGUCUGGCUGACGUCUUACCCCUGUCUGGCUGACAUCUUACCCCUGUCUGGCUGACGUCUUACCCCUGUCUGGCUGACGUCUUACCCCUGUCUGGCUGACAUCUUACCCCUGUCUGUCUGACACACCUGACUUGGAGAUGUAUGGAGAGGCCAUCCGCUAGGCUGUAAAUGUCCUACACAUUCAUCAGAGUAGUUGUUUUGGUCUAACACAUGACGCGUCAGCCUCCAGUAGAUGGUGAGGUGGGAGGAUAGAUAUAGACAAGUAGGUAGAGAGAAAUUGUGUUUGCUCACGUUGUGGUGUAGUUCAGGUUAUAAUCUAGCUAGGUGAUUGUAGGGAGUGUUGAGUACCAUCAGCUUCAGUAGUGUAUGCAAGUGUGUUUGUGUGUUAAAGGCUGAGUGUGUACUGUACUUGUGUGUGUGUGUGUGUGUGUGUGUGUGUGUGUGUGUGUGUUUUCUUUCCAUUGCAGCAUGAACCUUUCAUGCCCCUUUUUCUCUUCUAUUUAUCCUUACUCAUUGUCUUCCCCUCUCUACAUCUCCUCUCUUCCUCCCUCCCGCUACCAACAUCUUCUUAUCGUCUCUCUCUUCCUUCACUUUCCCUCACCACACUCCCGUCUUUCACACCAAAUAGCCCACUCAUCUUUGGUCGUCAACCAAGGAGCCCAACAAACAACUCCCUCCAUCCCUUUAUUCAUUGAAGAACAUUGAGAUGCUGCCAGCUAGCUGUACUGUUUUGUAGCUGUGUGUAGGCUGGUGUGUUGGUGUGCAUCCUAGCGUCACAGUGAUAAGAGACUGCAGCUUGUAGCCUCAGAUAGCACUGUACUGUAUGUGUCAGUGUGUUUGGGGGUGGGGGGGUGUUGUAGAAUUAAGUAGCUGUGUGGUUGUGUUCCUGAUGCUUGCUCAAUAUCCGUACAUCGUCAUCAUCAAGUGUUCCCACCAUGUAAAUUGGUAUUUGUUUAGUUUUUAGUUUUUCUGCAGUGCUCCUUAAUUCGUAUUGUACUGUAUUUUUGUGUUAACAUUUUGAUUUUGUGCUCUAUUUGUUUUGUAGUGGUCAUUCUCUAUUUUCCACUCACCCAUCUCAGCCCUUAUGUACUGUAUUGUAGUGGACUGGAGGUUUUUUGUGUGUAUAAUUUGGGGGUUGUGUGUCUUCCUUUUGCUUGCGGUUUGAUUUAAUGAUCGGGCGAGUGAUCGAGACUGCAAAGAGCGACCAUGACAUUCCAGAAUCCUUCACUUCUCACCUCUCACUGACCACAUUUUGUCCCCCCAGCAGAUUACCCAUAAGCCCCUGCCUGUCUGCCUGACUCCUCUCAUCACCAUCAACACAGGAAGACCAAGCCAGGACCCUCAUACUAACUUCUCUUUUUAUUUAUCUCUCUCCCUCUCCUCCUCCUUUCUCUCUAUCUUUCCCUCUUUCUCCCUUUCUCUCUUUCUCUCCGUCUCCCCCCACCCCCCCCCCUCUCUCUCUCCCCCCAUAUGUCUCCCUCUCUCUAUCUCACCCCCCUCUCUCUCUCUUCUGUCUCUCUAAAAGAUUAAGGUGGUCAAUGCGUUCCGUAGCUCCCUUUACCCGGGGCUAGAGAACCCAGAAUCCAGAAACUCCAUCCAUAACUUCAUGGCCCACCCUGAGUUUGUCCCCCUGUCUGAGGAGGAGGCGCAGAUCCCUGAGAGAGAGGAGUCCAGCAGCGAUGAGGUGGUAAUGGAGAUCCAGCCCAUCCCCAGCUCCUCGACUGGGGGGGCAGAAGCUCCAGACGUCAGCCACGAGACCUCCUGCUGA